GAUGGUACAAAGGAAAGUGUUAAAAUGAAUUUUUCCAACGUUGUGCUAGAAACUCCCCUGAUAGUGGAGAAAUCGAAGUUUACAUCAACGGCAAUUCUUUUCUCGCAACGACAAAACAGCCAGGAAGAGUACGGCGACGUGGUGCAUUGUGUCGAAGAUCACUUCCGACCGAACUACGAUCGGAUCAAGCUGAAGCGCUUAUCGGUGCUGAACUUAUCGUUGUGUGUGAUUUGCCGAUGUGAUAUCAAGUACAACAACCAACGGAAAACUUUGAAAUGUGAGCACGCUUUCCACGGGAAAUGUAUCAAGCAGUGGAUUGCGUUCCAGAACAUAUGUCCGAUUUGCAGAGUUGAGUUGCAGUAAAAACGAU